AUGACAAAGUCUACACCUCCACCCCAACCCCCCACCUCAAAACCCAGAGUCAUCGUCGACCCACAAACGCUCUCGCAACGACGAACGAUCCGCCCCGGAACCCAAGCCCCGAUCACAGAUAUCCGGCAGACGAAGGAGUACAAAGUCGCCGCUAGACGGUGGUUAUCGACUAUCGUGGCACUGCCGAUAUUCCUGUACACGUCGUGGGUGUUGUAUGACCGGACGUAUGGGAAUAGUAAACCGAAGCGAAUCAUCCGCCUCAACACCACAGAUCCCCAGUAUCAACGAGGCCAUCGAGCGGCUGUCCUCCAGGUGACCGACAAAGGCAACGUAGCUCCCUCCCAGCUCCUCGCCUCCGUCUUCGGUUUCGUCCCGGCUUUUGACCUCGUGGAUGGCAACGGGGCAGUCGGCAAGUAG